AUGAACGCCGGUCAGAGGAGUGCGAGGCAAUUGGCCUCCAAGUCCGCCGCGGACUCCAUCUGCAUCUCGUGCCGCGAGACUAUCUCCCGGAGACACUUCGCCAGCGCCGCCGCCGCCGUGCAGCAAUCCCCCACCAACCAGGAUCCAGUCCCGCCCGUUUCCCCGGCCUUGGCUCCUCAGCGAGCAUACCAAGUCCGCGCCGGAGUCCUCCUCUCAAGACCGCCGGUCAUCACCCGCGACCUUCAUCCGUUCGAGAAGGCUUUCUUCCUUUAUCAACGUCGUCUUAACGAGCGCCUGGCCCUCUCGUUCACGAGAUACUUUUACUACAAGAAGGGUCUUGUUGCGGACAUUGAAUGGAAGCGCAAGCAGAAGCAGCGUCUUACGCCUGCGCGCGACAUUGGCGUUUACCGCGGACACGGCUCGGAUGCUUGGAACGAUGAGCUGCUCUUGGGCGCUCAGGAGAGCGAGCCCGACCACCAGCGGGAGGCUCUGCUGAAGGAUACGGAGCGCACUGGCGAGGAGGGCGAGCCGGCGGGGGGCGGCAAGAAGGUGGACGUUGUCGAGCGGCCACAGUCAAGAGUAACCGAGGCGGACAAGAACGGCGACCAACAGAGUUUGAACAGAAUGUUGCAGAGGACGCUCUACCUGCUGGUCAAGGAUGGCAGCGGAAGAUGGCAGUUCCCACAGGGCCGUCUGAUCGGUCGCGAGAACCUCCACAACGCGGCGGAACGCGUGUUGGUCCAGAGUGGCGGCAUCAACAUGAACACCUGGGUCAUUGGUAACCACCCGGUGGGGCACUACCAGUUUGACUUUCCGAAGACUAUCAAGGACACGGACAAGGGCGUGGAGGAGCUGGGUGAGAAGGUGUUCUUCAUGAAGGCUCGUAUCAUGGCGGGUCAGGCGAGCCUGGCGGACAACCAAUACGGGCUGGCCGAUUUCAGGUGGCUGGCAAAGGAGGAGAUUCAGCCGGUGGUGACGCCCCGCUACUGGAGCGCGGUGCAGGACAUGCUGGCGGCGCGGUGA